AUGUCGAGGGUUAAUGUUUACAAACCCAAUUCCGACGAGUGUGAGGACAAAGUCUGCGAAAAUUGCAAAGGAUCUUCAGCCGGAAAUAGACCAAAGCCGAAACCGAAACCCAGGCAAAGCCAAGCUGAAACCGGAACCGAAACCGAAAGUCAAGCCGAAGCCAAAGCCAAGCCGAAGCCAAAGUCAAAGUCAAAGCCGAAGCCAAGCCGAAGCCAAACCCAAAGCCAAGCCGAAGUCAAAGCCAUAGCCAAGCCGAAGCCUAAGCCGAAGCCAAAGUCAAGCCGAAGUCAAAGUCAUAGUCAAGCCCAAGCCAAAGCCAAAGCCAAGCCAAAGUCAAACCCAAGCCGAAGCCAAAGUCAAGCCGAAGCCAAAGCCAAAGUCAAACCCAAGCCGAACCAAAGUCAAGCCAAGCCGAGCCAAGCCAAAGUCGAAGUCAAAGCCAAGCCGAAGCCAAAGCCAAAGUCAAAGCCAAGCCAAAGUCAAGCCAAAGCCAAAGUCAAAGCCAAGCCGAAGCCAAAGCCAAAGUCAAAGCCAAAGUCAAAGUCAAAGCCAAGCCGAAGCCAAAGUCAAAGCCAAGCCGAAGCCAAAGUCAAAUUGAAACCGAAGUUAAGCCGAAGCCAAAGUCAAGCCUAUACCGAAGCCAAGACCAAGCAGGUUAACAAACUCACAAAUAACAAGAAGCUAAUAGUUCAGCAGUAUUGGCCUGUCGCGGACCGCCAAACCGUCGACUUGCAACCAUUAUAG